CAUAUUGGUCUGGACUCUGGACUACCACUGAGAUUUUUGUUGUCAGGAAUGAUUUUUAAAAAUUAAUUUUCUUGGUACACCCUGUAUGAUUAUUUUUUCCAUCAUCAAAAUUUCUCUUCCAAAUUGUUUUGUCUCAUUGCAGGUCUUGAAAUAGUAGAAUAAAAAGGAAAUUCUACUCAGCUUUGUGAGAGGGAUCACCUACCUUUCACUUUACUCACCUAAUGAACACAACAGAGGCACCAAGCAUGUGGACUAUGGACUCAUUAGAUUGGCUUUACGAAGGAGUUGACCCAAAGUUUGCUGGGAAUGGCGGACCAGAUUGCAAUAACUUCUUGAGCGUGAAGCAGAGGGUCAUUGAGACGAUCAUCUUUGUAAUUCUAGGUACCCUGGAGUGCUGGUACACAUGGCAAAGGCUUGGUGUGAAUGACCCACGGUUUGAGGUGGAAGCGAAAGACAAGCGGGAACGAUUUGGAAAGCGUUUUCUCUUGGUUAUCCUGUGUUUGACAUUUGGAGUUGAGAUAGGAUUCAAAUUUGCUACAAAGACGGUUAUAUACCUGCUUAAUCCUUGUCAUAUGCUGACAGUAGUACAAAUUUACCUCCUAGCCGCCCCACCAAGCAAGCUUGUACGGGUCAUCUUCAGAAUGCAGAUGGCUUCUUUAAGUUGCCCUUUACUAGCCCUCCUCUUGCCAGUAGUCAAUACAAGAUUGUUACCCUUUGAAGCAGAAAUCUAUUGGAUACAGCAUUUAUUGAUAUACCUCAUUAUUCCGCCCUACUUACUUAGUUUAGGAGGUGUCUAUAAGACAGAGGGGAUGUGGGACUUUUCUUGGUGUUUUUUCACCGCAGGCUUUCUUCACAAUUAUCAUUUCAUCUGUCUACAAGGGUUGGGUCUGUUAACUGAAGUGAACCUCAACGUGAUGGUUUGCCCGGCUCCGAACGAUCCUUUCUACGGUCCGUACUACCGAGCGUUUGCGUUCACGCACCAGCAUAUGCUUUUCCCGCUCCACAUCAAGACGUACACCUACGUGGCAAAGAGCCUUGUAUUACGAGACCAAGAAGAUUGCAACGGUCAUGUUGGGGACAUCAAAAAGAUUGAUUGAGGAUGUAAGUAUGGUCAAUAGGUUUUCGGUGGUCUAGAAAGCCAAGUUCUUAUCUGCGUGUACUUCGGCCAAGUCCUUGCAGUUCCUCUUGACUUGGCGACAUAUAGUCUUCUCCAGUUCCUCUGCCUCUAGUUCUGUCUUCUCCUCAAGGAUAUGUUCUUGCUUGCUGUUCUUCCCAUGUUUCUUCAUGCUUUGGACCGAUGUCCACAGCAACAGUUCCAAGUGAACAACCACCUCUGAGGCAGGAGCAAGCCAACUGCAUUCUAACUAUGUCAGGUAGAUUGCUGUUUACAGUAUAAAGAUAAAUACUAGUUGUGGUUACAAUCUCAAAAUAAAUUCAAACAGAAUCCAAUGAAAUUACCACCGAAGUAUUUGUAUAUAAAUUCAAAAUAUGUGCCAAAUGGCUCAGGUAAAAAAAUGUGUAAAUGCUGAAAAAUGAGCAUAAGCAUGGAAUUCUUUAAAAUGUCAGGUAUAUUUAUGAACAGUAUAAUAAAAAGUUAUUAAUACACUGUCCCACAUAUGCCUUUUUGUGUUUUAUAGUGAUCAUCAUGAUUAUGGAUUUCAGCUAAGAUUUCACAGUUUCACAUAUUGCAAUGUACCAGAACUAGAUCCAUGAUAAUAUGGUGGCAUUUGACCUUGAUUUAAAGAUGUUCUCAUGAAAUAAUUGUUUGUUGCAACUACUUUCUUUUACUUUUAAAUCAGCAAGCUUGUACUGGGGAACCUGUUUUAUGAAGACCACAUAAAAGGGCAAGAGGUUUUUAUGAACAGGUUCUUGUUAUGUUUCAACGGUUGAAGCUAUUCCCCAAAAUCCUAGUAAUGAUAAUAAAUAAUAAUAAUCCGCUUUUAUAUAGCGCUUGAUACAUCGGAACGAUGUAUUAAGCGCUAUAAAUUCUGACUCGUGAUCUUUAUACACUAGAUCACAUUUCCACGUAUUGCCAUGUUUGGUGAACUGCGUAAGUUUCCACAAUACGAAUAUGCCACAUGUACUGCAUACUGUACGAAAAAGUAUAAUAUUUAUACUUUGUGGUGAUCUCAUCAUCACUUGAGCUUGUUCAUAAAAUAAUGUUAAUGUAUGUAUUAAAAAUAAAUUAUUUGCUGUACUUUAGUAAGAGCUUUAAGGAGACUGUUAUGUGCCAUCCAUAUGAUUUUUCUCGCUUUAAUCUUGCGAAGGAAGAUUCUUGUCUUUGCAAUCUGUUUACAUACUAUGUAUGUAUGUUUCUCUGCUUAAAGUACUAUAUUUUUAGGCUGAAAAUAGCAUUGUUUCAAGAUAAACAGACUUUGGAGUAUUAUGUUGUAUUAUAUUGUGGCGAAAAUAGAGGAGUAUGAUGUGCUUCACGGGGGCAUUUCCAUCCUACCGCUGCCCCCAGUGUGGCGAAAAUAGAGGGGGGUUGUGUUUGGUUCACGGGGGCUUUCCAAUCCGUUCUCUCUCUCUUUUAUAUCAGCUGAGCUAUAGUUCAUGGGGGUUUAUGGGUAGUACUGGGAAAAUGGGGUACGGGGUGCUUCUCCUUCGAUCAAUCUCUCUCUUGGUAGCAGGCGGUCCACAAAGCAACAGUGGGGCUGAGAUCCACGUAUUGUGUAAGACAUGGUGCUAAACCAAUGAUGACACGGAGAGCGUAAUCUUGCAGUGCAACUAUAUUGGGGCUCUAUAGCUCCUAUUUUAUUCUUACUACUUCCAACCAAUCAUACUGAUGUAGUGUAUAUACGGUGAAGACCAAUACCAAUGCAUUAUACAUGGCCAUAAAAAAGUGAACAUGAUUAAUUGAAUAAUAGAACAAGCAUAUGAGAACUUGGUCGGCACGGGCAUCAAUGUUUUGGACUACAUAACCCUUGACCAUAACAGAAUAUUACGGUUGCUAAUCUAUCUGUAUAAACCCCUUUCUCAGGGCACUGUGAGGCUGGCUUCGCAAACAUUGCAAGGGAGGGGGUUGGAACAGGUAUAUGAGUACAUCAUUAAUGUACCAUGCAUUAAAGUAAGCUGUCCCUUGUUUUCCCAACCUUGCCUGUCAGCCUAACUGCCCACAUGCCCAAGUCUUUCCUACCCUCAUGAUUAAGUCCCAGUGUAAACAGUGGAUGGGGGAACCCCAACAAGUUUAUGCAACAAUUUUCCUUACCCUAUUAAUCUCUUAGAACUAUUAAUUGGCUACUAUGUAAACCCAUGGACCCCAAUGUUUUAGUAUAUGCUGUAAUCCCCAUACUAACAAAGAAUCCCCCUUGUUUUGGUAUGGCUAUGCAAACAGCCAUGGCAAUGAGAUGGCCAUAACAUAUGUAGGGGAGGCUAGGACGCUGUUCGUGUAAUACACAUACUAGGCAGCCCCGCUGUAGUUCCUCAACCCAUGGAAUUAUUAUGCAAUCCCAUACCAAGGAUGUAGCAAGCCCUAGUCUAACUCUAUACAUGGCUUGUAUGUAAAACCCAUUGGGUAAGGGAGGAUUGUAGGUCGAGAUGCAUGCAGGUGCUGUUCAGCGAGCAAUAAAGCUCCAGCUCAGUACUAGGCUACCUUGCAAUUGCCUUACCUAACUAUACCUUAUUCCCAACCCGCAUAGAUCUUACACACCAGCCAACCUAUACCCUCACUAACCUAACGUGAUGUGGCCUGGUAUGUAAACCCCAUAGAGCAAUUGGGGAUGCACAGUCAGUACAUGGAUGCUGUUCGUGUGAGCAAGCUAGCCUGAGCAUUUACUAGGCUACCCAUUAGUAACUGUGCACCACUGCCUAGCCAUAGGUGUUGUAUACCAGCCUUCUGCCCUCCACCCAGCCCAAGGUGGAUGUAGAUGGUAUCCUACAUUGAUGUUGAUGCCUGGCCUCCCAGUCUCUCGACUGAUGCGCUGGUGAUACGGAAGUUGCCUGCUCGAGCCUGCUCUGGAAGUGCCUGUUUUACCUGAAAAGUCCUCCCAAUUUAUACCCUUCGAGCAAGCCCUUCUAUACCACUCGACCAUAGACUCUGGGAGAGUUACAUAAGCAUUACUUCUGCUCAUUAAGCAUUGUAAACCCCGGAAGAUAGUUUUACCCAUAGGGAGCUUUACUUAAAAUUCAGCUAUUUCUCCCCACUCUAAACACAGGGGCUGGAAAUAGCCCGGCCAGGGUAAUCAUAUCUGGCCUCGAUCAUAGCCUCCCUUGUUCUGUACUCCUAAGAGUUACAAUUAAUCGCUUUAGUCAAUACCUCUCGAAGUUUGUCUUAACUACUGGAGUGAGCUUGAGGUAGGGCUGUGCGGUAUUGGAAGGGUUAGUGCUAGGUUUUCACAAGCUUCCAUUGUCUGGAGAUUUUGGUCAUAUAAAAAGGUUGUUUAAGCCUAUUUCACUCCUGGGUGACGGUCAAUCAGUGCUACUGCGUGUAGGUGUUGGUCGUCUGGAAGUGAAACGGUUAAACUUGAGAGAAUUUUGCCUGUCCCUCUCUUUCCGCGAGAGGGCUCUUUACCUUAAAGCUGCAUUGGGGGUUUUCACCUAGCUUAAAGUGACAUUUCGUCACAAUAUCAUUUACAUGUAGGGAGAGUAAUAACAAUAGCAUGUAGGCCAAAUAAUGGGCUCUUUAAAUCAGGAAUUUGAGGUUAUUCUACUGAACAACUUUUGUUCCGGCAGUACUCGAUAUACAGUAUAGCAUGUUGUUUAGAGGUCCAUAGAAUGGGAGAGGGGAUCUCAUUCGAAGUAAAUAUUUUGAAUAAGAUGUAUUUUUGUGCUAUAUUUAGUUUAUGGGGGAGCUGUCUUCACCUUACAUCACAAUAUUACUUUGGCGGAAAAGGGGAUGUGGGGGGGUUGAAAUAAUUCUCUACAUUUCUAUUUAGUUCAAGGUAGUUUCCUUGGCUGGGGGCCGCUCCACAGGUUUGCCUGCAAUAAGCUCUGUCUCCGCCAUGUGCUCUGGAUGCCUUAGAUAUUAGUGGGCCUCCAGCUCGCUUCGUUGUCCCCUUGUACCGCAGGCACUUAAGUUCAAAGUUGUGUAUGAUGUGCCUCUCAUUCACAUGCUGCUGGAGGGCAUCUUUAGUCACAAAUAUCCUCCCGCAUGUUCUGUGCUUGAAACUGGCUUGGUCUGACACUGCCAACAUCUUAGUGGUGUAAUUGACUGCUGUGUAUAUUUUAACAAGCUUUAAUGUCAGACUUUUCUUGGCAAGGAGGUAUAUAUACAUCAGAAUCAGUCCGGGUGCCACUGUUGUUUUAGAGCCAGUUUAUAAGGGGCUCCUUAUUACGAUCGUUUACUUUUCCAAACGGGUACUCGGGAACAACGUUCUAAAUGCCGUCCUUUUUUUUCUCCCCAUCCUGUCCAUCACUUGGAGACACAAGUCAUUUGGGGUGAUUUCGCUCAUCAUAUCUGCGCCAGAGGGACUAUGUUUGUUCAAGUUUUUAGAGGAGUGCUAGGAUAGUGGAAUGAUUAGUCAGUUGCAGGUAGCCGUUCCCUGUCAGAUGCGGUCGUGUACAUAACUGUCCUGAAAUCCCCUUAUCAAACAGCCUUUUCCAUAGUCACUGGGUUGACUCCUGGUCGUGACAGAUCGUACCUGGGUUCUUUGGGCUAUGCAUAGGGAUAUAUCCACUGCCUGAAGAAGGAGGGUACUCCUCCGCCGGCUCCUCAGCUAUCGGACUGAGAGGGGGGUUGGUUGGAGUACCAGGGGCUGAAUCGUCUGAACUAAGUGACAGGGGUGGUUUGUUUCUUGCUGCCCUUACACCCAUUUCAUUCAAGUUCUCAAAAAUCCACAGACCGCCCCAUAUAUCUUCAAAUGCUCUGAGAAGAAAGCCUCCCCUUUAUGACAUUGUUAUAGUGCCAGUCCUAGUCCAAGGACACACAGCAGCACCAUGAUUGAUCCCGAUGUCGCCAAGAGUAUGUCGUUGUCAGUUAUAGGAGCCAUUUUCCUGGUUCUGCAGUGAAAUGUUUACAGGUAAAGUCUCAGUCAAUCAACCCUAAUCAUUAUGUUUUAUUAGAUUUUUUCCAUUUCUUCAAAUUGUGCUAUAAGAGUCUACCAGUCAUUCAUAGUCGUUUAUGAUCAAUAAUCAUUGAUAUCAUCCUUUUGUUUUCCUUUUUUCCUUUAUUUUUAGUACUGAGUUUCCUCUUUCUUUCCAA